AUGGGACGAUCACCAAACAAGUCUGCCGGAGCUACCUCGUCUGGUCCUUCUGUCAAACUGCAGCAUGGAGAACUAGCUGGAAAGGGACUGCAGACCGAGGAUGAUAUUGCAUCUGUUCUUAUUGAUCGAAAAGCUCACGGAGAGUCUUAUACGUAUUUGGGAUGUGAUACUCUGAUUGCCCUUCAACCAUCAGUUGAAAAGGAUGAACAGUCUAAUUUGUAUGCUGAUGAAACUAUUGAAAGUGUCUCUACCCUACCUCCUCAUGUCUUUCAAUUGGCUGGACGUGUGCAUCAGCACUUGCAUCGCGAUGAUGAAGAUCAGACAGUCAUGUUAUUGGGCCAAUCGGGAAGUGGCAAGACCGAGACUGCCAAACUCGUCAUUCAACAACUCGUAAAGCUAACCCCUGAAAAGCGAUCUCGUGUAACGAAAUUGAUUGGUACCGUAUCCGCUAUUCUCGAUGUCUUUGGCCAAGCUUCUGGAAGGUCUUUAUUCGGAUGCUACCAAGAACUACAAUAUAAACAGAAGCAGCUGAUUGGUCUCAAAGUCUUGCACUACAACUUGAACACAUCACACUUGACUUCUUCUCGAGAAGCCAAUAGAAACUUUGACGUAUUUUAUAAUCUGGUCGCCGGAGCUACGUCUGAAGAACGCAGUGGUUGGCAUCUGGAUGAAGCAUUCGUAUACUUGGCACCUUCAACUUCAAAUCGUACCAAAACUACUUUAUCGCCAGCUUAUGCUGCUCGUUUCACGGCAUUGAGGGAAGAACUCAAAGCCGUGGGAAUCAGUAAAUCGAAACAGGAACUCGUAUUUCGUAUAUUGGCUGGGAUCUUGCAUCUGGGUAAUAUCGCAUUUGCUGAUGACGAUACCGGUACUCAGGGUGAAGCCGCUACUAUUCGUCACGUCGACGAGCUUGAUAUUGCAGCUGAUUUGUUGGGUGUAUCUUCCAAAGACUUGGAAUUCACCUUGACGUACAAGUCUACGACCAUCAAUGGAGCUCUCUGUACCCAAUUCUUGAAUGCUGAUGGAUCUCGUCAGCAGCGAGAUGCUUUGGCUCGAUCCAUGUAUAAACUCGUAUUCGAAUGGAUUGUCGAGAAAAUGAAUGCGCGUUUAUGUGCUGAUGACGCUGAACACUAUAUCGGUGUCGUCGAUAUGCCUGGAAUGGUCACUCCAAUGGUCGAUACUCUAGACGGGCUCUUGACCAACUAUAUCCAGGAAAAACUGGUCGAUCUCUUCCGCAAGCAUACUGCUAUUGAACCAGCAGAACGUCUUGCCUCACAAGGUCUUCAUCAGCCAAACUUGACGCCAAUCCCAGAACAUGUAUUGGAAACCCAUGUAAUCCCCAUGCUAAACACCGAGUCAAAACAAUCCACACCAUCAGACUUGAGCUUGAUGAAGAAUCUCUCAUCAAAGCAGGGUCUGAUGAUAUCUGGUGGAGCCAACUUUAUGAUUCAGCACUCGUCCGGUACAACCGAGUAUCGUUUAUCCGAUUUUACCAGUCGCAAUGUCAUUGCUGUAUCGCCAGACCAUAUAUCGCUAUUCGCUGGCUCUGGUGUCAAUCCACCAUCAUCAAAUGCAUUGUUGAAGAAACUCUUCUCGUCUCAUGUCGCUGCUCAAGGAGCUGCUAAAGGAGAAGGUUUCUCGUCAUCAACGCUCAGACGUCAACCAUCAAGACGUCUUCGUUUCAAUCCGAUAGAUAGUAAGACUCUUGCUGAUGAUUUGGCAAAGGACUUGGAUGAGCUAUUUGGUGCUAUUGAUGAGACUAGACCAUGGUAUGUUGCUUGUAUUGGUGAUGUAGCUGAUACCAAGAAGGUCAAGUCUCAGCUAUUGGCUCUAUCUAUUCCUGAACUGGCUAAUGCUAGAGCUGAAGGCAGCUUCAACACCUCUCUGCCAUUUAUGGAUUUCUUGGCUCGUUAUGGUCAAGUUGGUGGAUUGAGUGUCGAAAGUCAAAACAAACCAGUUAGGAUUCGAUGUGAAGAAAUCACUGCCGUAUUCCCAGACUAUAGUACUCUAGUCGGCACCACUCGAGUAUUUAUCUCAGAAUCCGUCUGGCAAGAAUUGGAACAACGACUUGAAACUCUCCAAUCAGCUGGUUCUCCUAAAAGAAGCAUCAAGGAAAACAUUCUUGAUUAUGAAUCUCAAGCAGACUUGUCUGAUCACGAUGACUUGGAAUCUGUUGCUCCUUAUACCGCCAGGUCUCCAGUAUCACCUGCAGCAACAGCUCGCUCAUCUCAUCUUUCAAACGAACUUGGAACAACUCCUUCACGAAUAUUACCGUCGAUAGUGAAUAUAGUAGAAGAUAAAAGGAACUUUGUUGUCGAGGAUGAUGAGCCUGCUCGUACUUCUGGUGCCCGUCGACUAUGGGUCUGCAUGACUUGGUCGCUUACCUGCUGUAUUCCAAGCUUUAUCUUGUCAUGUGCUGGCAUGAAACGUGCUGAUGUUCGUAUGGCAGGGCGUGAAAAGAUUGCAAUCUGUAUCAUCAUCUUCUUCUGUUGUUGUGCCCUUCUAUUCUUCAUCAUCGGAUUUGGUCGUGUAAUCUGUCCUCGUCAACCCAUCUUGACUGCACAAGAAUUGGCUUCGUAUAAGGAUCCCAAAGAUGUUUGGGUAUCAGCUUAUGGACGUGUAUAUCAAAUCAACGACUUGGUCAAGAAUCACGCUACCUCUUACAAUGUUCAAAACUAUCAGUUUGCAAGCUACUUGGGUCAGGAUGUGAGCAAUCUCUUUUAUAAGGUUCCUUUAUGGAAUAUGUACUGUCCAGGUAUUCCUCAACCUCAAGCUGGAUGGGAUAAUGUUGCUAGUAGACCCAGCAGCGGUUAUGCUCACAAUGGUCUCGACUCGAACAAUCAAACCAAACUCUAUAUGGAGUACAUGAAUCGAUAUGUCAAGUACCGUCUUGGUUACGACGUUGAAUUUAUUGCUGAAAAGGCUUCUCAGUCUGUCCGUUACAUCAUCAUAUAUGACAACGUCUAUGACGUCUCGUCUUACUACAACGCUGCCAACCAUCCCUUCGGUAUCAAUGGCUAUGCUGAAAGCAUCUUCAACUCCAAAUUCGGACAAGACGCUAGUUCUGCUUGGAACGAUUUCCGCAAAAGCAAUGCAACAUUGGCCGCACAGCAAAUGAAUUGUAUGAACAACAUGUUCUAUAUUGGUGCUGUUGACCAUCGAAAUGACUUUUUAUGUCAAUUUUCCAACUACAUCUUGCUUGCAUCUACUGUAUUGCUCAUGAGUGUUAUUGGAUUCAAGUUCCUCGCUGCCUUGCAAUGUGGAUCUACCCGUGAUCCUGAAGAUUUAGAUAAAUUUGUCAUUAUACAAGUUCCUUGUUAUACCGAAAGCAACGAGAGUUUGUCUCGUACCUUUGAGUCCGUGGCUGCUACCAAGUAUGAUGAUAAACGAAAGCUCUUGUUUGUUAUCUGUGAUGGAAUGAUUGUCGGAUCAGGAAACAAUGCACCAACUCCACAAAUCGUUCUUGAGAUUCUUGGAGUCGACCAAACUAUUGAUCCUCCAGCUCUAGAAUUCGAAUCCAUUGGGGAAGGAAACAAGCAACUCAACUAUGCCAAAGUCUAUUCAGGUCUUUAUGAAAACAAUGGUCGCAGUCUUCCAUUCCUCGUGGUAGUCAAAGUCGGUAAACCAACUGAGCGUCAAAAGCCUGGUAACAGAGGAAAACGUGACAGUCAACUGAUUCUCAUGCGAUUCUUGUCUCGUGUACACUUUGGCGCUCCUUUGAAUCCCAUGGAGAUUGAGAUCUUUCAUCAAAUUAAGAAUGUAAUUGGAAUCAAUCCUUCCUUUUACGAAUUCUUGCUCAUGGUGGAUGCUGAUACUGAAGUCUUUCCGGAUUCCAUCAAUCGUCUUAUUGCUGCUAUGGUUCAUGAUUCCAAGAUUAUGGGAUUGUGUGGUGAAACUUUACUUUCGAAUGAGAAAGACUCUGUGAUUACAAUGAUUCAAGUAUAUGAAUACUUUAUAUCCCAUCAUCUUGCGAAACAAUUUGAAUCGCUAUUUGGAUCGGUCACUUGUCUGCCCGGUUGUUUCUGCAUGUAUCGGAUCAGGACUCCAACCAAAAACGUGCCUCUUCUCAUAUCCCCAGCCCUUAUUAAAGAUUACUCUGAAAAUCGUGUUGAUACAUUGCACAUGAAGAACUUAUUGUUAUUGGGAGAAGACCGAUAUUUGACUACUCUUGCUAUGAAGCACUUCCCUCGUCUCAAGUUAAGCUUCACUCCAGAUGCUAUUUGUCGAACAAAUGGUCCCGAUACCUGGAAUGUAUUGAAGUCACAACGUCGUCGUUGGAUCAACUCGACUGUCCACAAUCUGGUUGAGCUGGUGACUUUGCCUCAACUCUGUGGAUUCUGUUGUUUCUCUAUGCGAUUUGUUGUCUUUCUCGAUUUGUUCUCCACAGUCCUUCAGCCUGCUACCAUCAUCUAUGUUGGAUAUUUGAUAUACAGUAUUGCAUUCAGUGGUGAUCAACUACCAUUGAUAUCACUCGUCUUGAUUGCUGCUAUAAACGGUUUACAAGUGGUCAUCUUCUUGCUCAAGCAACAAUGGUCACAGAUUAUCUGGAUGGUUAUCUAUAUACUUGCUUUGCCAAUCUUUACAUUCUAUCUGCCUGUCUAUGCAUUCUUGAGACAAGACGAUUUCAAUUGGGGUUCCACGAGAAUUGCAGUUGGAGAAAGUGGCAAGACGAAAGCGUACCUGGCUGAUGUUGAGCCUUUUGAUCGCUCAUCCAUCCCUUUGAAGAAAUGGAAUGAAGUUGAAGAUGAAGUCUCCAAGAAGGCUGUUGUUGCUCAAAAGCGCAAUGCCGAUGCAUUCUCAAAGGCUGAAUCUGUUGGAGAGCCUGUGGUAUAUGCUGCAUCCAGCUAUGGUGGAUCUCAAUAUGUACCUCCCAUGUUUGCCAUGAACAAUGGAGCUGGCGCAGCAACAUCGUAUGCUGGCAGUGUCUAUUCUCAACCAAAGCGCUUGCCACAACCUUCUCUGAUGAUGGCCAACGCACCGUCUGUGAUGAUGGCCAACUCACCAAGGCCUGUAAGUCAGCCAAUAUUCCGCCCACGCUCUGAAGCAUUAUCAGCCAUUCCUUCGUCACCUCGUCUUCUUGACGCACCAUCGUCACCAUCACCCAUUCCAUCUGACGAGGCCAUUAAACACGAAGUAAUGGAAGUCUUGGCUAAUUCAGAUCUAAUGACCACUACCAAGAAGCAAGUUCGUGAAGAUGUAUCUCGUAUCUUGAAGGUUGAUCUUGAUGCUAUGGGUAAAAAGGCAUUUGUAAACGCAAUCAUUGAUGAGUAUUUGACUGCAUAA